AUGAAGCGGCUGCCGGAGCUGCGGUUGCCUGCGCGGACUGCCUCGCAGUUGCCCUCGGGACAGCCGCAACAGUUUCUCUCGGUAUCCUCCAGGCGGGUGCUGUGCUUCUGGAUGUUUGUUGGCGCGCUAUCAUCAAGUCUUGCUGUGACAAUGGGGUUCCGAAUCGGCAGCCCCGGUACUACGUCCCCAGCAAUCGCGUGCAGUAUGUACACGAGGAGCCGAUGCGGGUGUACUUCCCCCGGGCUCCUAGCGGAUACUACAGCGGCUCAACGAACACCUUCUUUCCCAGAGAGCCGUAUCUCUGAGUUUCUUCCCCAUGCGCUGAGAUUCUCAGGGGCGGUCACUGCCUGCCAGGACGGGUGGUGGCACGUGGCUUCGACUCACCGGCCCUGUAGUCGGCGGGAAGUGCAGCAACACGAGAGACAGGUGAUUCCGGACCUGGACAGUCGAAUUCAACGGGUGCCCAAGACACCACAUGAAGACGUAAAUGGAAUAAAGGCAAGAUCCUGCCACCGAAAUGCACAGCGAUGUGGCCCUACUGACAAACAGCUUCGGCAUCUGGCAAAGCGACUGGCUCUAUCGUGCUUUCCGUCAGCUGCUGUGAGCUCUCCUUCAACCGAGGCGAGCACGGUCAAGUUUUUCGGUGAAUCGGGGAUAUCUCGGGCAAUUGCCUGGCACCGCUUGCGCUCCUUGUUUCGGAGCUGGUAUUUUUUGCUUGAUGGUCCGCCCAAUGCCCACCUACUAGGCCGCCGUAUGUCUGAAGGCACCACAGAGGCCGGAACUGAAGAUCAUGCAGGCUCUGAUAAGCUAAAUGAGAAGCCGCGUGCGCAAACUGUAUCUGUAGAAUAUCCUCCUAUAAUCGACCUUCCCGAUAGAACGGCGUUUUUGUUGCCUUUAGAUGCUCUCCGAAGUGACUCUCCUAGGCUCGUUUUCAGGUCAGAGAGUGUGCACAGUGGGAAGACACACGAUACACUGGAGAGCCACCACAUGAAAGCUGAUGCACCGAGUUUUGAAGGACGCUUCUAUCGUCUGGGACGCUUCUCCGCUCUUGCGCAGCUGAACGAGAGACACCCGGUACCAGGUUGA